UAUCUGAGUACACCUCAAAUAAUUCCUUCCGAAUGUUUAAUCACAUUCCAAUAGUCUCUUUCUCGUGAAACAAUGUUUUUAUCAUUUUUUAAUAUUAUCACUAUCCUCAUACCCUUAAUAUUAGCAGAUGAAAAUUUCGACGAGGGUAAAAUCGUAGGUGGUGCAGCUGCAGAAGAUGGACAAUAUCCAUAUCAAGUGUCACUGCGUUUGAAUGACCGUCAUUUUUGUGGAGGAUCAAUUCUAACCGAACGUUGGAUAUUGACAGCUGCUCACUGUCUAUCUGGAUUCAAUGACACGAGCAUCAAAGUAGUCACAGGUACAAAUACCUUGGAUGAGGGUGGUGAUAGUUAUCAGUCAAAACGUAUAGUGUCACAUCCCAAGUAUAGUGCUGCAUUAAUUAGAAAUGAUGUUGGCUUGAUCGAGGUCGAUAAGGAUAUUAUUUUUGGAGAUAAGGUUGCACCUGUUAAACUUCCUACGACGGACUUCAGCAAGUCGGAUUAUCCAGCUGUGUUAUCAGGCUGGGGAACCACGACUUAUCCAGGUAAGCCACCCAAUGAGCUUCAACACAUAAAGUUGACUGUUAUCGAUCAACGUGAUUGUCUCAACACGAGUCUACGGGUUACGAACAAUAAUAUUUGUACGUUGAAUAAAAAAGGGGAGGGUGCCUGUCACGGAGACUCUGGUGGACCUCUGGUCGCAGACGAUGUACAGAUUGGUAUUGUUUCCUGGGGUACCCCAUGUGCCAGGGGAAGACCCGAUGUUUUUACACGCGUGUACAGCUACGUUGAUUGGAUCCAUAAUUACAUCACUGUGUAAAUCUUCAAGAUAUAAGAACAGGAAAAAUGAAUUAUUGGCUGAUAUCUUAAAGUUUUUAUUAUCGAGUAACGCGAUGUGCAUGACUAAUUGUGGUGCACCUUUCUUUGGUUAUCGUAAAAAAAAUUUGAAAAACAAUUUUUAUAGCUAUCUUAUUGUUUGGUGGUAAUAAAAUGUAAAAAAUAA